AUGUUUCAUGAUCGCAAAGCAUCCUACAAGACACCUCCUGCAACGGUCAGAGAUGCGCACACGUCCCAAGAACAGCGGAGAAAUAAAGCUUUGGAAGAGCAGAAACGUAGACGAGCCCAACGCGUCGAUGCGACGCGACAGUUGGACUUCUUCGCGGACAUGAACCUUGGCCCAUCAGAUGACGAGGUGGAUGAAGAUGGUGCCCUGGACGGACCUGAAGUACUUCGCAGUGGCGUCGCAUCGUUCACAUCCAUGCUCCCGUCCGACAGUACUGUUCUUACUGCGAAUGACGCUGGCGCUGUUACAAAAGAGCACACCUUCUCCAGUGAGUCUGCCAUAUCUCCUUUGCAGGCGAGCAAUGUGCAGACCACUGGAAAGAAGCGCGGGAAAAAUAAGCGCAAGGCCAAAGCGCGUCACUCUAAUACCGCCGCGGGCAGUGGCUCGAACAAAGCACGGAUCACUAAGCCAUCCCGAUGGGCAGAUAAAUGCAUGUACGCGGAGCUGCUGGAGAUGGUAGAGGGAUUCGAUCAGGCCACUCUGGGGCAUGAUGGGAUCCCGGAGGAUAUCGAGACGAGCUGGGUCGCUGUCACACCUGUCCCAGUAGGCAAGCGAUGCCUCGCCGUAACACAUCAGGCAGCUGGUAUUGCUGGUGUUGUGCCAAAUACCACUCUCCGCUCUCGCGUGCUUGGAAAACCGUUGAUGAAGCCGUUUCCAUCUCCACUUCCCCCGCAGACAGUUCUCGACUGCAUACUUGAUGAGAACUGGAAAGACACCGGUAUAUUACACGUACUGGACGUAUUGCAGUGGAAGGGGCAAGACGUUGGCGAAUGCGAGACGCCUUUCCGGUUCUGGUGGCGGGACACGCGUCUUUCUGAACUUCCCUCCUUCCCGCCACCACCCAGCGCCUCGGAACCUCAAGCGGAACAACAGCAACCUCCAUACCAGUUUCCCUACCCCGCGACGUUUGUGCCUAUUCCAUACCACACGAACACAACCCUCCUGUAUCUUGCAAAUACCCUAAUCCCACUCACCCGUGCUUCGCGUUACGUUCCGGUCUCCACACCCAUUCCUUCACGUGCUUCAGUUGUUGCGGGAACGAUGGAUCUGGGUGGCGCUGGCGCCGUGUCGCCUUUGAUUCAACUGCAUGCAGCGUCCGCGGAAGUCAAGUCGGAUGGGUUAUUAUUAUAUGUCGCGCAGGCGACGUACGAGCCUGGGACGAGUCCGCUCAGUAGCUGGGUGCCUCUGCGAGCAUACAGCCAAGAUACUCGCUAUGCAGGUGCGGAUACUGGUGAAAUGGUGAGUGCCGAUGCAGGAAUGGUUGACAGCCCGUUGGAUUUAUUCGAACGGCUUAUACGCCGCCGGCUGGCUGCAGGACACGCUGAUGGUUUCGAUGUGACCAUGGAUGUCGGUUCAUGA